CUGCACCUUUUAAGGGGAGUUUUAAACGGAGUGACUGUGAGGGGCUCUGUCCUCGCUGCGGUCCCCCUCGCCCGCAGACCGUGGGGGUCGCGCAUUUUGUUUCUGUGCUUCUGGCAGAAGGCGAGCGCGGCAGCGGUGGCGGGGCAGGUGGAAGGACUGUGGACGGAGACGCGCUCGGGCAGAGACUAUGUAACCGCCUCGGUGUCUGUGCAGAAGACUGCGCUUCGGGGAGGGAAGAGGAGGGAUCGGCUCGCUCCUCGGCGACUCGGCAGGCGGAGUUUCGCGGCGGCGGCACCAGGGCUGCGCCCGCCCGCGGGGAAGUCGCUCCAUCUAGCCCCGGCGGCCGCGAGAGUCCGAGCGCAGGAGGCGGCGGGGCUGAGAGAGAGCGAGACCGAGCUCGGGGGCGCGAGGGAGCGGGCCGGGGAGUCCGGGAGGAGGCGAGCGGCGGCCACGAGCUAGCCGAGCGCGCCCCCCGCCCGCCCCCGCGGCGCCGCGCCGGGCGGCGUCCAGGCGGCAUGGAGAAGGACGGCCUGAGCCGUGCCGACCAGCAGUACGAAUGCGUGGCGGAGAUCGGGGAGGGCGCCUAUGGGAAGGUGUUCAAGGCCCGCGACCUGAAGAACGGAGGCCGUUUCGUGGCGCUGAAGCGCGUGCGAGUGCAGACCGGCGAGGAGGGCAUGCCGCUCUCUACCAUCCGCGAGGUGGCGGUGCUGAGGCACCUGGAGACCUUCGAGCACCCCAACGUGGUCAGGUUGUUUGAUGUGUGCACAGUGUCACGAACAGACAGAGAAACCAAACUAACAUUAGUGUUUGAACAUGUUGAUCAAGACUUGACCACUUACUUGGAUAAAGUUCCAGAGCCCGGAGUGCCCACUGAAACCAUAAAGGAUAUGAUGUUUCAGCUUCUCCAAGGUCUGGACUUUCUUCAUUCUCACCGAGUGGUGCAUCGUGAUCUAAAACCACAGAACAUUCUGGUGACCAGCAGUGGACAAAUAAAACUGGCUGACUUUGGCCUUGCCCGCAUCUACAGUUUUCAGAUGGCUCUUACCUCAGUGGUCGUCACGCUGUGGUACAGAGCUCCAGAAGUCUUGCUUCAGUCCAGCUACGCCACCCCUGUGGAUCUCUGGAGUGUUGGUUGCAUAUUUGCAGAAAUGUUUCGUAGAAAGCCGCUUUUUCGUGGAAGUUCAGAUGUUGAUCAACUAGGAAAAAUCUUGGACGUAAUUGGACUCCCAGGAGAAGAGGACUGGCCUAGAGAUGUUGCCCUCCCCAGGCAGGCUUUUCACUCAAAAUCUCCUCAACCAAUUGAGAAGUUUGUAGCAGAUAUUGAUGAACAAGGCAAAGACCUACUUCUGAAGUGCUUGACAUUUAACCCAGCCAAAAGAAUAUCAGCCUACAGUGCCCUGUCUCACCCAUACUUCCACGACCUGGAGAGGUGCAAGGAAAACCUGGAUUCCCACCUGCCGCCCAGCCAGAACAGCUCAGAAGUGAAAACAGCCUGAGCUGCCUUGAGCUGAUCAUCCGGAGAACCUCCUUGGUAGCUGAUGGGUCCCCUGAGUAAGCCCCGCAGAGCUGCUGAGGAUCACUGGCCGGAGACCUUCUAGCUGCCGUCUUCUGGAUGGGCUCUGCUUCUCUGAGGAAACCGCCUCGUUUACUGUUUUGAAAUCAAUGCAAGAGUGAUUGCAGCUUUAUGUUCAUUCGUUUGUUUGUUUGUCUGUUUGUUUCAAGAACCUGGAAAAAUUCCAGAAGAGAAGCUGCUGACCAAUUGUGCUGCCAUUUCGUUUUUCUGAUCUUGAAUGCUGCCAGUGUGAAGUGAGCAGUCCAGGCACAGCUGAGCUAUGAUGUAAUCUCUCUGCAGCUGCUGGAGCCUGAUUUGGUACUUUUGAGUGAGUGUAUGUGCGUGUGUGUGCAUGCAUGUGUGUCUGUGUGUGAUUCUUGAUCUCUUAAAAAGUGUUACUUUCUGUAAACAACAAGAAUAAUUGAAUUUUAAAGAUUCAAAGUAACUGCUAAAUAACAAGUGUCUGUUGAGUAAAGGUGAUUCACCAAAAUGGGCUUCUCAAAUUUAAAGUUGAGCCUGUCCUUAGCAUUUCUUUUCUGGCCAAAAGCAGUAAAUUUGCUGGUGGUAAAAGGUUCACUAUCUAGGUGAAGUUUUAUACACACAGCAAAAAGAAAAAAAAAUUCUAGUAUCUUUUAAGAAACCUGUUUUUUAAAGCACACAUUCUAUUUACUUUGCAAAAAGCUGCAUUUACUCCUUGUAAUUUUAACCUGUAUAAUGUGCUUUAUUAUCUCUUUUGACAAAUACCCUAUAAGCUUUUUCUUACUAUAGAUUUAGGGAGUGUACCUCAACUAGGUAAAAUUGUCAAAAAAAAAAAAAAUAGAGAAAGCCUUUAUUUCCUGGUUUGAAAUUUAUUUCCUUCUUGGUUUUUGUUGUUAUAUUGUUUUGGUUUUGAUUUUAGGAAUUUGUCAGAAACUGUUUCCUGUUUGGGUUUGGAGGGUAGUUCUCUCUGACUAGAGGCAGGAAUGCCAUUUAAGUUUUCCCCACCUAUUACACUGUACUUUUUCUACCAUGCACUGCCUUAUUUGCAAAGUAUCCAUCUUAUCUAUCCCCCAGCACAUCUACUAUAUAUCACUACCCUUACAUAAUUAAUAACAGAUUGCUUAAGCUGUUCUCAUGCAUCUCCUUUCUUUCUUUCAAUGAACCUUUCAUAAGUAGUUUGAUUCAGGUUAUGGUUUAUGGCUCCAAUUCCACAAUCCUAAUCCAAGAGUCCCAUAUGUUCUCCCUCUACUGCAAUCUUCCUAUCUGCCAUUCACUGUUGUUACCUAGGCAAUGAAUAGAAGACUGAUUCUUCUCAAUCACCAGCAUUAGAUUUAGAUUGCUUUAAAGUGUUACUUAGUGUUUUCCAUUUUUAUAGAAGAUACUGUCAGUGUAGUAUCUGAGGAAAUAUCCUUAACUAUUUUUUAGAACUAUAUAUUUACUCUAUAAAAUUAUCUAUUCUGCAUCUGCCAGGCUGUGCUUGUUUCUAGUGCUUUAUGCACAUUCCUGCUCUCUGCAGAGCCAGUCUGACCUGGGCAUUGUGAACAGCUUUACGUUUCCUCUUGCCAUUUUCUCUACAGUACUUUAUAUUCCAUGCUAUCUCUGCCUUCUAUGUGCUUAGUGCUCAGUCAGCUCUAGUAACCAGAAGACAGAGAUGAAGUAUCUUUUGGUAAGUUUAGCUGUCUUCGCUUUCUGGUUCAUGUUUUGUGAGCGUGCAACAGUUAGACCAUGUUUAGAGUUAGGGUUUUCAGAGAAUGAACAUUGCUUCCUCAGAAGAAAAUGUUCCAGAUGAUGUUUAUGCAUGCUCAGGCCUUUCUGAGUUCUCCACAGCUUAAUAUUGUAUAUGACUCUCUUGAACAAGAGAAAAAUUAGGAGACUGUUCCCCUUGAGAGCUUUCUGGGUUGGGAACCAUUCUUUUCUUAUAUAUAUAUAUAUAUAUAUAUAUAUAUAUAUAUAUAUACAGUUUAACAUUAUUCUAAUUCAAUAACUUCAAGAGCAGGAAAAUUUUUCUAAAGCAAGAUAUGAGUAAGAAGAUGGGCCAUAUGAAUGUUUUAUACUUUCUUCCUUGUGACAACAUCAAUGAUGUUUUGUCAUCACUGUAAAUGCUUGAGAUAUAAUGGAUGCAGAGCAUUCGGGGCAAGUGUACUUGUGGUCCCCCCCGAUGAGUUCUGCCUUUCCUUUGGUCGGGGGUCAAAAUACAAAGCCCAGGGACCUAGAAAUUGAACUUUAUAACUCACUGCACUAAUCCAUCAUGAACUUUUCAGUUAGUAUCCAUGAUUACAGUGAACAUAACUUGGGUUUUUGCUUUUGCAAAAGUUAUAAGUUCACUCAAGAAAAAUGCAGCUGUUCUAAACUGGAAUUUUUCAGCAUUCUUCAGCAUUUUAAACAUGUAGAGAGUUCAACUUUUAUUUCUAACAUAUGCUCCUGAUUCAUUUCUUGGUAGUGUUUAUAAAGAAAACUUAAAGCACAAACAUUUUGACAUUAGAUACUUGCCAAAUUACCCUCUGAGAGGCAGAAUGAGAGGGCUUUUCGGCCUCUCUGAACUUGUUAAAGAGUCUGUCCCUAGCUCUUCCAUCUGGGUGGUUGUUGCACUUGAGUGAUUACUCUCUUGUUUUAUGUCUUUUAUAUCCGCCUCACCACUUCUGAAAUCCAGAUCCCACACAAGCACCCUUGCCAUUAGGGCACUUUGAAGCAUAGAGCAGAAUACAAGCUUACUGAAUACAGCUUAUUCUUCUGUGACAUAUGGUUUCAAACAUCUUUGCCAAAAGCUAGGCAGUGAUUAGCUGAAAAGGUCAUGUUGCCCCAGGGUUAUACUGAAGCAGCUUAUAGCAGUAAGAAAUAGGAUAACAGACUUGAAAUCACAUUUGGAUUUCUUACUAGGACUGGGGCAAGAAUGUGCCUGAUAGUUUCUAUAUGAUUUUUCAUUCUAGUGGCCCAAGCAUUGAGAGCUGCUGUGCUGGGAUGGAGUUGCAGCAACCUACAUUUAAAGAGUCCAUUUAGGCAUCAUAAGCUAUCACGUGGCAAAGGUAAUAAGGCCCUAACCUUAUAACCUUAAAAAUACAACUCCCAAGGGCUUGUCAGAACCCAGGGCGUUGGAGCCUCCCACUUUGUCUCUCCUUUGAAGUAGAUGAGAACUCAAAGAACGAAAAAUCUGUUUCGGAAAAAAAGCUCCAGGCCAUUUCAGCCCCCUAUGUUCUCAUGAUUUUCUCUCAGGAAACACACACUUUGAAUGGCAGACUUUUCAUUUAGCCUCAUGUGACUUAUACUAAAAAUAGUUCAAAAUAUUCACCUAAGAACAGAAUCUCAGCCUUUUAGUUUUAGGUAAAAAUGAAAAUUUCAGAAUGCAUAAUGUUAAUAUCUUAAAUAAAACAUGUCCCUUUUAAUAGAGAAAUUUAUGGUCUGACUCCAGAAUGUGGUACUAUCCAUCCUGAUGAGAAAAAACUUAAAUAUUACCAAACUUUUGAAUCUUAAAUUAUGUUUAAAUUGAGUUUUUAACUAACUAUAUAGCUGCUUCUCUUAAAAGUGUACCUGUAAAAGUCAAUAAUGGCAAUUCUCAUUCCUUAAUGAAAAUUAAAUCAUGUAAGCUUCCCAAUAUCAUAAACAUAUUAAAAUUCUUCUCUUGAAAAAAUUGCUUCUUUUUUUAAGUGACAACUUUACUGUAAUUUUUAUAAGCACAUGAGAGUGUCUCACAUUUUCCAACAACAGGCCUGUGUUGCAUAGGCGGGUCUAGGAGAGAAUAAUGUUGAACGUCAAUAAGCCACUGUAAUUACUUAAUUGUGUUAGUAGAUUCUUGGAAAGAAAAUAUUUAAAUCUGAUAAAUUCCUAGAUAUUGAUAGAAUUCAAAAGAACACAUAAAGACAAAAUAAUAUCUUUAUUUUAUAAAAAAUAAAGAUGUGAUAUGAUUUCUAAAUCUUUAAAAACCAUAAGACACUAGGCAAUGGAUAGAGGAAAUUCUGGAGAAGAUGAAGUUAUUCAAAGAAGAAUACUUUCUAAGUUAUGUAUAUUUUGAAGGAUAUAUAUUUUAUUAACAUAUUUAAGAAUUUAUAUUAUAGUCACCUGGCAACUAUGAACUUGAUAUGGUCAAAAACAAAUUUUAUGGAAAAGCCAUUCCAAACAGUUACCAUGUCAAAGGUUGAGCUGAGCAAACUAAGCCAUCCCUAUUCCUUCCUCAUUUCAUGGAAAGAAGCGGCCAUGUGAAGCUACACUUGUUGUGCAAGCCUAAAAAAAUGUUCGUUGUAAAAAAAUAAAUAAAUUUUUUAAAGGUGUGCUUCCUAUGCCACCAAGAUUUUUGAAAACUUGUGAAACCCAAACCAUUUAUCAUGUGCACUCAGUACAUUCAGAUGCAUGAUUAGGAAGAUAAUUACACGUUCCUUCCCCACAAUGGAAAAACUUCUCAAGGCUACCAAAAACCUGUCAAGCAGUGUAAGUCCUCAGAUAAUUAGUAGUGGUGUUUUCCUCAGAAGCAUAAGAAAAGAGCAUUUUCAUUUUUUACCAAUGCAAUUUUCAACCUGGUUUUGUUACAUACCUAUAUCUCAAGCAUUUCUAACUUGUAUUUUUUCAGAAAAUAAACCAAAAAUAUUCCUUUGGCCGUUCCAUCUUCUGACCUUUGCCAACAACAAAAAUGUAGAAAGAGGAGCAGUCUGAUUUUUAAAUGCUUUUCUCAGUUUGAUUUUUUAAUGACGUGCAAAACAGCUUUUCAGAAUGUUUUCUAUUUCUUAGCAUUCCCAGGGAGUUAAUUUAGAUAAAUGAAUGGACUUCCAUCAACAUAUUUAUGUUUCCUUGAUACUGGUGCUCUGGCCUUGAAGAGAAAACAAGACUCCUAAAAAUAAAUACAGGUUUUUUUCCCAAGCAUCUAUUUAAAUACUGUUACAGCGAUUUGAAGUUAUAUAUGAUAGGAAAGAGAGGUGGCUUUUCUUUCAGGUUUUAAAAUUCACACUGUUCUAAAGGAUGACCUUUCUUGUUUUAUUCUACUAUAUUCCACAAGCUGGCACUUUGAAGCAGGGUGUGGAAUCUGAGCAAGGCUUCUAACUUAUUUUUCUCUUUUAUUAACACAUUUAACUCUUGCCUAGUGCUUGUUUUUCAGGAUGAUUAAUAAUCUUCACAAUGUUCUGUAACUUAGAUAUUUAGUUGUUAGCUAAGUUCUGAACAAUUGUCUGCAAGUAAAUUGUUCUUGAGGAUGAAGAAUACCCCCAUUUUGAUUAUUUAAAUGCAUAAAGAGAGCCUAGUCAGUCAUUUGUUCAGGAAGCAUUUUUUGAGGUAACUAAUUACCUCCCUUUUCUAAGUGCAAAGUUACAAAGAUGGACAGGCUUAUUACUCAAAAGGCAACACUCAUCUGUGAACAGGAUAGCUUUGUUAGGAGUGUAAAACUCCUCCAGAGGCCUCAGGCAAAAUAUCCAUAUCCCCUGUCAGCUGCUUUCACCUUCCCUACCAUGGUGGCUGUUAGAAUAUUAAAUGUAAAAAUACUGAUUUAAAAGAUCUGAUGCAGGAACUAAGUAAUGCAUCAGUUACUAGACGAAACUGUUUUUUCAAAGAAUUGCUAUGCUGAAACAGAGCCCUAAAAUACUAAAAGAUCUGGUAAUUUUUACAUUUGUAUAGUCAAGUGUAAAUUCACAAGAAAUUCUAAUUUUAAAAAAUUUUCUUUAAGCAUAUGAGCUAACAACUUAGGAGUAUAUCUACAUAAGUGUUUGAGUUCUCCACUUGUGAAGUUCUUUGGCAACUUUAUGUUAUAUAAAUAUAUUUGUACAUACACUUUUUUAUUACACUUUUGUUUUAAUUCCUAAAUCCGCUCAGAGACUCAUAUCCCCCAGAUGAUUUUAGUUAAUUUUAGAAGUCAUUUUCCUUAAUAAUGUCACUGAAGUUUAGGAGGAAGGAAAUUAUAUUAUUUUUUCAGUUUCCUUAGCACAGCCCAACGGAAGGCAGUUUAUUCCUUCUGAGUGGCAGAAACUCCUUAGUGCCUACUUCAGUUUCCUCCGGAGUAGCCACCGGGCAGGUCUCAGUAAUUCAUACUGAAUCAAAAUACCGCACACACUGGGGGCUGUCAAAUCUUUGGCCUCAUCGCUCUGCUUAAAAUCCCACUGAAGUAUCAGAUUCCAAUUUAAGCCCCUAAGUGGAAGGCCGAAUUCAAACCUCGAGUUUUGUUACCAGUUGGGCCAGUCUUAACUCUGUUUGCUUCUGUUCAAAAUGUCCCUCCCACCGAAAGCCUCCUGGGUGCGCUGCACCGUCGCCCCGCCCCUUUGGCAGUAGAGUGGCAGUGGGCGAAGCUGGCUGGGACCCGCCCGCCCCUCACCUGUUAGUGCCUGAAAUGAUGUGCAGACCCGGCGGGUUACUGUCCGAGGUCCAUGUGCCCUGCUGCUGUCUCAGAGGCAUCUGUUCUGCAAUCUUAGGAAGUAAAAUGUCCCUAGAAGCAAACGGGUGUCUCCUGUGCCUAAAUAAGUACAACACAAUUCUCCGAAAGUUCGGGUAUCAAGAGAUGCUGCUCUGUAUGAAGCUAUCUACCAGGCAUCUCUCAAGCUCUAAGCUCAGCUUUUUUUUUUUUUUUUAAGAGAAGAUGUAUAAUUACAGGAAAGAUUUUUUUUAUUUUUUUAUUUUCUAUCUUUCUAGAUAUAUGAUGGCAAAAGAUAUGCCUGGAAAAGUUUUGUUUGGAAGUUUUAUUUUCUGCUUCAUCCUCAGUUGGCAAAAGCUCCUAACUUUAGUUUCUAAUUUCUUUCUCUUUUUUCUUUCUCAAGUAAUUAAAGGCAUGUGAGCAAAUUAUCUCAUGUGGGAGGGAGUCUUUCCUGUUUAGAGGAACCUUUUGUGUGAAUUGUUUUGUCAAACAAUCAACCCCUUCUCUAUCUAAGGAGUUUGGAUUGUCCAGUGUAGGUUUUCUUAAAGGCAACACAUAACUGUACAUAAUGCUAUAAAGAACUAUGACUGUAGCACUAAUCAGCAAGCAUAAAGCCACAAGUUAUAUCAUUUUUAACUCUCUGUGGUUUCUAGCCAAAUCCGUUGAAGUGCUUAGGUUACAGUCCUGAAGAGACCUUUCGUACCCUUACUUGAAGUUUUUAAUUUUACAUUUUAUGAAAUGCAAUAAUAUGUAUUAGCUAGCAAUAUUUCUGUGAUCACCAGCAACUCUGAAUUUGACCUUGAAGUCUCUGGAUAAUGAAAAUAGAUCCCAGCAGUAAAACACUUCUUGAACCCCCCACCAAGUGUAUUUUAUAUCUUUCUCAUUUGGGGCCUGUGUUUGCAACAAAUGUAUACGGGAAUAUUUUAGUUCCUUACUUGUUUUGUAUUCAUUUAUUUUCCUAGGAUGAGUAAUAAUCAUAUUAGUUAGUACAUGGAAUCAAUAGCAUCAGCUACUCCUAGAAUCAGCACUCAACAAGGUGGGAAAUUGCUAUUUCAAGUUGUGCUACAUUUGCAUAAAUUAUUUCUAUUAUUGUUCAUGUAUAUUAUUUAUUUUUCAAUCACACUAGUCCUGUGAAAGUGCGACAGAAGGCAGGCUACAUUAGGAUUUGUAUUUGAUGCUCAUUACCAUGGUCUUGGUGGAACUAAGAAAAUUAAAAUUAGACUAAGCCCCCAGAUAAACUGCAUGCAUUUUAAUAUGAUUAGUAGAGUUUAAGUCUAUAGAGAUAGUAUUUUUGUGUCUAGUUUUAUCAUUAUGUAAAGGAAUUAAAGCAAAGGACUCUGUAGUUGUUCUUUUGUCAAGUGUGCAUAUACUAUAGUGUGAAAUACAGCAAAAAUUAAAACUGCAGGUAGCAAACAUCAAAUAAUGCCUUAAUUAGGAACUCUGCCAGGUGGCCAUCAGAAUAGAUGCCAGGCAGGGACAGGUGCCUGGGUGGUGACUUCUCUUAUCCAGCCUGGAGAAGAUGCUUCCCCCAUGCUAUCUAGUAGGUGUUGUGUGCAGUAGUGAGAACAGGUAGCACUGUUGAAAGGAGAGCAGUGUGAGAGUUUUCUGUAGAAGCAGAACUGUGAGCAUAUGCCUCGAGGCUUCCAGAAUGUGCCAGAUGGAGAAGUUCAAGUUUCCAUGCUUCAAGCAACUUGGUUUUGUAGAGAAGCAAUCCAGUUUGGUCAUUAAAACAAGGAUUAUGUGUACAGUAGUUAACGAUGGGAUUUUAACAACCAGCAGUCCCCAACACCUCAAAAGCUUGUUGCAUUUCUGGUAUUUUAAGUUCCGAUCUGAAGGUUAAAUGGCAAGUGUGUUGUAUAGAAGAGCGGUAUGUGUUAUGAAAAGCACAAUGUCAGUUUCUAUAGAGUACAGAUUAGAACUAGAGGGUUUUAUAGGCUUAUCAUUUCUGAGAUGUGUAAAAGCACGUUUUCACUGUAAAAUAUAUUAAUGUUUCUGCAUUCCUAUAGGGCAUAGUUAAAACUUUCUUCUAGAUUUCAGCGAGGGUGUCAGAACCAAGUGAGCUAUUUUUUUUUUUUUGCUUUUUUUUUAUACUUAUUUUUAUAAUAGAAGAUAUUUUAAAAGUAGAAGAAAAUCUUAAUUUGGACAUUUGACUUGUUGGUUUCUGUGUUUAAAAUCACGGUUCUGGUGAUGUAGAGAUUUUGCAUGUGCAUGUCAGAUACUAAUCUAGGCUGUGUGAACAAGCCCAGGAUAACUGAUACUUCACCAGCCUCUGCAUCCUUUCCUCCCUUCCUCUGAAGUGCUCCCUGCCCUAUUCCUUGCCUGUCCAUGUGCUGCUCUCCAUCCUCCUCUGCUGUACUUUGGGUCAGGGACAUGAUGAGAGAUGCUUUAGGCAUCCCAGGUAUACCUGUCCGGGCUUGGCCACCACCCCUAUUUGACCUUUGGCUGGCCACAGUCAUGAAGAGAAGGCUCCUGGUGCUGAGCACAGAGAAUAGUCAAGACACCAAUCACAAAUGCCCUCUAGCAUCUUCGUAUAUAUCUUGAUUUUUAAACCAAGUCAUUCUACAGAGCAUUUUGUUUUGGCUGUGGUGCAAAGAAAAAAACUAACCAAGAAUAUAAACCACAUUCCAGGCUGCUGUUUUCUAUCCAUCUACAGGCUAUACUUUUACUAUAUUUCUUCAUACUUGAAACUCAUUCUGCUAUUUUAAUAUCAGGGUACAGAUUUAUAAGGGUGCAUGUUACUUAAAGGUGCAAAAUUACUCUCAUUCCGUUUGCUCAUUUUGCUACAGAAUGCUCUGUUUUGGUGCUUUGGGUUCAGCAGGUCAAAGAAGCAGUGUGGAAAUUCACUACACUGCCUGGAACACAGUCUUACAAGAAUGUUGGCAGAUGGCUUGGUGUUAGAUACUGCUUCUGCUUUUUUCUCUGUACACAAGAUUGAGAGUUACCACACUGGUCUGUCAGGUUCACCUGGGUAUCCUUCCUCACAGGGUCCAUAAACCCUGUGCUCUCCCCAAGUGUGGGUGCAGUGCAGCUGUCUGAAAGCAGGGAUCUUCCUACAAUAUCCGGAUCAUUCAGCCCUCAAAGGAAAAUGACCUUGGGUGUAGACAGGAGGAAAAUGGGAAGAGCCGUCUCACUCUAGUGACCAUCCAUGGAGAAAGCCCUCCUGAGGCAAAAGAAAAAGAAAAGAAAAAAGAAAAAAAAAAAGAAAAGGGAAAAAACAAAAAAAGAAGGAAAGCUGAUCUGUAACGUUCUCCUCCUCCUAGUGCCCUGAGCUGAGUGAUCUUGCUUCCUUCCUUUUAGGUAGAUAAAAAUAUAGGUCAGUUUACCUAGACUCUUCGCACCUGAAGAGGAAACUAUAAAAGUAGAUAUUUGUGUCAUGUGAAAUAUGUAAUCCAAGGACCACCAAAACUUACAUUAAAUACCCCAUUGCUAGCAAGCUGUUUUACAAAUUAGCUCAAGUAAGUGAUGCUUGAUGACCCAGGGUUUCUGAGGGCAGAGGUAGCUCUUCUAGCACGCGUCUUACUCUGACUUGUUUAGAGAGGGAGAACUACCAGUGGUGACUGUGACAAUGGAAAAGGUAAUGUGUCAGAAAAUUCCGAGGGUUACAGAUCAGGAAUCCUUUGGAAACUGGAUGUCUUACUGGGUGCUAGAAUGAAAAUUUAGGUAUUUAUUGUCAGAUAAUGGAAUUCAUUGUUUUUUGAGAAUUGGUGUUGAAAUGUCAUUGUCCAGUUCAUUGUUUUCACUUAUGCACAAGCUAAAUUGAAGUAAAAAGAGAAAAUGGUUUGUAUAUUUGUCAUACCUUUUGUACUUCUUACAAUAAAACUAUCUGUAGCAAAUAAAAAUAAUAAAACAGCAAUUUUAACCUGC